AUGCUUCAACAAGUACCAGGGCUGGCUCGGUCUUAUUAUAGCUCAGAUUCUAUGCAGCGUGAUACAGAGAUACCAGAGAACUUUGGUGAAACUUAUCCAAUUGAAUUUUUAAAUGCAUUGACAUUCAAUGGUGUACCAUAUCAUGAGUUAAAGCUGAAAAUUCACACCCCUGUCAUGUUGCUUAGAAAUUUAAGUACAUCUGCUGGAUUAUGCAACGGAACAAGGAUUAUGAUUACUGAAUUGGGUGACAACAUUAUCAAGGGGGUUAUUAUGGGUGGCACUUUUGACAAAGAUGUUGUUAUUAUACCAAGAAUUGUAUUGAAUGUGGAAGACAAGAGAUGA